ACAGGGCCGUCUUUCAUUACUUGGAGGCCCUGGGCCUACUUAGAUUGGAGGCCCAUUUAAGGAGACGAAAAAUCUUGAAAUUGUUUAAAAACCAGUAAUAUUGACCGUUAUAAUUUUUCUUUAAAAUAAGUUAUAGCUGAAUUGCCGCAUUUUUGUGUAUCUAGAAUUUUUCACCACUCACUAUAAUAGACGGUAAGUAUUUUUUAAUAAAUACAAGAUAUAUAUUUGUAUAUAAAAAUAUAUAUAUACGCGUAUUUGUGUAUCUACAUACUAUAAGUAAGUAUAUUUUUAGAUUUACGCGCAAUUAGCUUGGCGCCAAGAAUUUUAUUUUGACACGUACGCGCAGGGACUAUCGGUUUUUCCAAUAACAAUGCGGACUGCUGGUAAACAUGUUUAUACAUGUUCUACGGCAACAACGUGUUGUAAGCUACGCGCCGUUAAAGCUACGAGAUAUUUUUUUUAGUUUAAUGAUUCGUGUUUGUGUUUGUUGAUUUUAAAUAUUAAAAUGCAUCGAAUUCACUCUAGCGGGGCAGCAAAAAGAAAAAAAGCUAAAGAAGGUAAAAUUCAAACUUCAAAGUUGCCGAAGAUAACUAAUUUUAUUAAUGUUCAAAGUGUUCAAGAAGCAGAUAUUGCUGCAAGCGUAUCUAAUGAGCUUGGGCCAAUUGACGAGACAGAACAUUCGGAAUCCAAUGAUAAAACAUUGCUUCCUUUGCCCGAGAAUUCAGAGAUUUUAAAUCAUAAGUGUACAGAUGAUUCUGAAAAUCUCAAUACAAUUACAAAAUAUUCAACAGACUUAGCAUCCUGGAAAGAUAUCAACGAAGAUUUACGAAACUAUUGCUUGCAAAAAGAUCCAUCUUUUUUUCAUAAUAAGAAUGUUGAAUAUACAAAAUCAGCUAGAAUUUAUGACGAAAGUGAGAAACAGAAAAUAAGAUUUUUUCAUUCAUCUCUUUUUUAUCGCAAUUUGCACAACGGAGAAACUGUAGAACGAGACUGGCUUUCUUAUUCUACAUCGACCGGUAAUAUUUAUUGUUUUAUUUGCCGCUUAUUUUCAAAUGAACGAAAUCAAUUCGCGCUUUUUGGAUUUCGUGACUGGAAGCAUCCAGAGCGUAUUGUAGACCACGAAGAGAGUCGAUCUCAUAAGGCUUCUUUGAUAACGUACUCUAAAAGAAGAAAAAACUUAAAUUUGAUAAAUACACAAAUGACGCUUCAAUUAAACAAUGAAAAAAAUUACUGGACACAAGUUCUUCGUAGAAUCACUGAUGUUAUUAAGUUUCUUGCUUCUAGAGGUCUAGCUUUUCGAGGCAGUAAUCAAAUAUUUGGGUCAACGCAAAAUGGAAAUUACUUAGGAAUUUUAGAACUUUUAAGCGAAUACGAUAGUUUUUUAAAAGAUCAUAUUAAGACUUACGGAAAUAAAGGGCACGGAAUAACAUCAUACUUAUCUGCGAAUAUUUGCGAAGAAUUUAUUGAAUUAAUGGGGAAACAAAUAUUUUUUUAUAUUAUCAAAGAAUUAAAAAAAUCGAAAUAUUACUCGAUUUGUGUUGAUUCUACGCCCGAUGUUUCGCACACAGAUCAGUUAGUUUUUGUAGUUCGCUAUACAACUGAUAAAGGUCCCAUCGAGCGCUUUUUAUUAUUUAUCCCAAUUGAGCAACACAAGUCUGAAUAUUUAAGUGAAGUUGUAAUUAAUUUUUUACAUGAACAUAACGUCGAUAUUCAAGACUGCAGAGGACAGUCAUAUGAUAAUGCCUCGAAUAUGUCAGGACAAUACUCAGGCUUGCAAGCGAGAAUCAGAGAAAUUAACAAAUAUGCUAUUUACAUUCCUUGCGCCGGGCAUUCUUUAAAUUUAGUCGGCACUAAAGCAGCUGAGUGUGUUCCGGAAGUCGUAGCUUACUUUUAUUUAGUGCAAAAAUUGUAUACAUUUUUUUCAUUAUCGACUAAUAGAUGGCAACAACUUUUGUCAGCUUUAGGACCGGAAAAUAAAACCUUAAAAAGUCUUUCGACUACUCGAUGGUCAGCUCGUUGCGAUGCCAUAACUGCCUUGCAUAACGGUUAUGAUAAAAUAUGUACAGUUCUCGAAAAAAUAACACAAGAUCAAAACACAGCUAAAGAUACGAAAUACGAAGCGCAGUCAUUGUUUAAAAAAUUUAAAAAAUUUGAAAAUAUAUUUUUAACUAUUGUGUGGAACGAUCUUUUGAGUCGUAUAAACGAUGUUAAUGUAACUUUUCAAAAAAAAAACAUGAAUUUACAAGUAGCUACUCACCUAUUAGCAUCUUUAAAUUCGUAUUUGAAUGAUACUAGAGAUAAGUUUAAUAAUUUUUUAGUAAAAGCUAAAAAUUUUACGGUAUUAAGUGAAGAUUCGUACAAUCAGAGAAUAAAAAAAAUUAAUACCAGACUAACUUAUUUCGAUGGACCUUCCAAUGAACAACUUUUUAAUUCCGAUGAUAAAUUAAGAAUCAAAAUUUUUUUACCUAUUAUUGACUCUGUUUGUACUGAUUUGAAGAAAAGACAAGAAGUUUAUGAUAAAUUAAAUGAAAAUUUCACAUUUUUUACGACGCUCCAAAAAAUCAAUAGCAAACAAAUCGAGGACGCUUGUGAAAACUUGGCAAAUAUCUAUGAUAAAGAUAUCACAGCGGAAAAUUUAAUUUCUGAAUGUUUACAUUUUAAACAUUAUUUAAACGAAACUUGUAACGAUGAUGAGGUAUUACUAAUUCCUGAUUUGUUUGAUAAAAUUAAAAAAGAUUGUAUUAGUUCUACUUUUCCUAAUAUUGAAAUUUGUUUACGCAUAUAUUUAAGUUUGAUGAUAACUAAUUGUACUGGCGAGCGUUCAUUCUCUUAUUUGAAAUUUUUAAAAAGCGAUGUAAGAAAUUCGAUGACCCAGUCCAGGCUAAACUAUUUAUCUAUCAUGUGCAUGGAAUCUAAUUUAUUAAAUGAAAUAGAUUUUAAUGAUUUGAUUAACGACUUUUCGACUACAAAAUGUCGUAAAAAACUGUUUAAUCGGAGUAUAUAAUCAAUUGUAGAAGGAAUAUCUAUAUGUGUGUGUGUAUUAUGUUUAAUGUAAAGUUUUAUGUUUAAAAUAAAUUUAUUUCAUUUUGUUCAA